CUUCUGCAUUGUGUCUCGCCACUCUCGGAUACGUAUAAGAGCUUGGCUGCACCGACGAACGAGCCCCAGCACUCCCAGUGUCCUCAACUUGGUUCCGUACUCAACGCAGCACUAAGUGACCAGUCUCCGCGAUGUCUCACCCCGAAGUCCUUGGUGUCGUUGUCCUCGCCCGCAACGGCGACCGUACGGAGGCGUACCAGCACCCCAUCACUUACCAGCCGGGUCCGACGUUGAGCACGCCGCUUGGCGAGGUUCAAUCGCAUCAGUUGGGCGUGACCCUGCGUAACACUUACCUCAGCGCGGAGAACCCUUCGCACAUCCGGGGUAUCAGGACCGACCUCAUUGACCUCGCUCAGGUACAUGUCCGCGUCAAGGUGGGCGCAGAGGGACCCGCGGUCUUCGACUCCGCGACGGCGCUUCUUCAAGGUUUGUUCCCGCCUAACCCUGCGAACCGGGAGCUGCUCGCGAAUGAGACGGAGGUGAUCGCUCCUCUCGGCGGCUACCAAUACGUUCCAGUUGAGACCGUGGAGCCUAGCAACGAUCGCUCUCUGGAAAGCUGGACUGACUGCCCGGCUUUCGAGGAGCAUGUCAAGAACGUGCAGGCCUCCUCUGAGUUCAAGGAAGUUGGCAAGAGCGCGUCUCGGUUCUUCAGCGACAUCCGUGAUUUCAUCUUCGGCAGGCCGGCCAGUAUGGAAAAUGCGUACAACAUGUGGGACUACGUCUCCACCGAGCUUGUCCACAACCGGACGUACGCGCACCGGCUGCCUCCUACCUACGUUGAGCAAGCCCGUGCCUUGGCCGACUACCGCGAGAACCUGGUCUUCUCCGACCCCGACAUGGCUGGCAUUGGAAACAUUGCUGGUCGUACUGCCAUGAGCAGCAUGGUUGAUGCUCUUCAGCGGAUCGCAUUCAACGGAGAUCCGCUGCAGUUCAUGCUCAUCGCGACUACUUACCAGCCGUUCAUUUCGAUCUUCCACAUGACAGACGUCGUGCAGUCUCACCCUGAGUUGGCCGCUAUCCCGGACUUUGCGUCUGCUAUGGCGAUUGAGCUGCGCCGUGCCCGUGCGCCGGAUGUACGCGACUUCCUCCGCUUCAAGUUCAAGAACGGCACCUCCGAGAACUUCGAGACCAUCCAUGUCUUUGGUCACCAGGAGGACAUUCCUCUUACUGAGUUCAUCUACCGCCUCGAGAACUCGUUGGUCAGCAGCAACCGCGAGUGGGCCAGGGCAUGCAGCACUGGUUCGACGUGGGCUACUCUGCCUGGUGUUGAUGCCCAGAGCAACCCUGUCUACAGUGCGUGCUGGGGCAUCAUCAUGGCGUUCAUCAUGAUGCUGGGCUUCUGGUUGGUAUCCAAGGGCGUCAAGAACAUGAGGCGUCGCGAGUAUGUCCGCCUGCAGGGCGAGGAGGAACUUCGUGGUGUGCAAGUGAACGAGAAGAGCCAGAUGAUGCACAAUGCUUGAACAGCGUUCGGAUGAUCUCCUCCUGCAACGUCAAGGACUCGAAAGGACGGUUCGCUUACUGGUACUGAACAUCGGCUCUAUGUAUGAGGCACUACACAUGGUCCCACGGCUCAUUAUGAUCGACUCGACGCUUUUCUCAUCAUAUAUACACGUCCGCACAGUGCUUUUGUCUGAUGCAUCUCGUUAUCUCUAUGCCAAUGCAUCCGCUUUCGAUGAUC